GGGUUGGUGAACACGCAUCCCCCAGCCCUACAGCGAUGCCACGCCGUUGGACCCGCCGCGUUGCGCCCGGCGCGGCGGCCCUCGUGGCGCUGCACGCGCUGUGCUUCGCAGCCUGGCCGACACACCGCAGCCGUGACGCGUCUCAGAUCUCGCAACUUCGUGCUGUCGCUGGUCUUCAGGAGAUAGUCCAGCCAGUCACCGAUUUUGCGGGAAAUGGCACUGCCUUCGUCCUGCCAGACACUGUGCUGCCCAACGCGGCACCUCCCGAGACGCGGCGCUUCGACGUGCCCGGAUUCAGCCCUGGCUUUGUGGUAGAUGGUGUCAUCAGCAAGGAAGACUGCGAGAAGGUGGUGCAAAUCUCCGAAGCCAUCGGCUUCCGGACACGUUGGAGUCAGGUGGGUGCUGUGACCCUCUUUAUGCCCGAGGAUUUCUCAAACCGGAUCUUUGAACGACUGAAGCCUUUCCUUCCGGAUCACUUCGGCGGUAGACCCAUCGGCAUCCAUCGACGCUGGGCUGUGCUGAAGUACCAGAAGGGGCAAUACCUCAAUCCCCACAUUGAUGGCCACACGCCUGGUACAGUGCUCGCAGGCGAUGGGUUGCAGAAGGAUGCCGGCACUCGCUCGUAUAUGACGUGCCUCUUUUGGCUAAAUGAUGAGGUCGAAGGCGGAGAGACAGUCUUCACCUAUCCACAAGGUGGCAUUUGGGUGGCCAUCCCACCAAAGAGGGGUGGAGCCCUGCUGUUUUAUCAUGGCCAGAACGCCAUCAACAACCCCAUGCAUUAUGGCGGGGAUGUCAAGUCCGGGGUCAAGUACUUGGUGCGCUCAGACAUCAUUUACAAAGCGUGAAAGCCACCCGUGUUUCACUCGACGCUCCGAGCGUCUCGAGAGAGAGAGAGGAGAGAAAGACAAAAAAUGAAUAAAAAUGAUCCGUACCGUACGGCCGUGCGGCUGCGGCUUGGCUGACCCUGAUAUGUAUCCCAGAAAACCUUGCGGGAUGAAUAUGUAGAGAGAAGCAACCAAGAACCGACCACUGGAGUUUGUUCCUUUGGCAGAAACACCGGGGUUAUGUGGGGUUGCUUUGUUAUGAGGUUUGAUUCUUU